GGCGCGGCUCGGGCAGCCCCGUGGAGCGCUGACGUGUGCGCCACACCCGUCGCCGUCGGAUCGUCGUCCGGCGGCAACCCCUUCACCAUUCUCGGGGAAGCGGGCUCCACCGUGUCCAAGGUGCGGUUCUACCGCAACAAUGGGCAAGUCGGCUACCUCCGCGGCCUGGUCGUGUUCUUCAGCGACGGCUUGCAGAUGCGUGCUGGAGUCCGCAAGGACCAGUUCUCGGACCUCAUCUUCGGCGAUGGUGAGCUCGUCACGAGCAUGACGCUGUGGAAGAUCGGCUGGCCGGGCAAUUCGACCGUCCGCGUCGCCCGUAUUGAUGUGUCCACCGACUCCCAGACAUGGGGCUACGGCGUCGACAACACGGGCCAGCUCUCCGCCACGGCCGUGGACGUCGCCUCGGGCGUUCUCGUCGGCUUCCAGGGACGCGCGGGCGACGAUCUCGACCAGCUCGCCGCGAUCUUUCUGAAAAAGACGUCGUCGUCGACGGUCGAUAACAUCGUCUUCGAAAGGUUCGGUCCCCAAGACGGUCUCACCCUCGUCACCCUCCGGGAGGGCACGGCGACCUGGAACGGCACCGAUUACUCGUGGACGUUCUCGGGCAGCGAGACGCGGGAAGCGUCGACCACCUUCACCACGGGCUCCUCCAACUCGAUAAACAUGGGCACGACAUUCAGGGCCGCGGUUCCCUUCCUCGAGUCGGGCAUCUCGGCGGGCUGGACCGGCGGCGCGACAGAGUCGCACGAGUCGCACUCCAACAAUGAGGCAAAUCUCGGCUGGAGCGUGACCAUCUCCUUGUCGAGCACGAACCCAGGCGUCAGCUGUGUCGCCAGGGUCUGGGAAGGCAGACUCAACGUCGGUUGGACCGGCAUCCAGACCAUCGUUGUCGACGGCCGAGUGUGGUCUUACCCUGUGUCGGGGAUCAUGACCCGGGUGGCAUAUGGCAAG